AGAGCCGCUCCGGGGGCGGCAGCGGGGAGCGGAGCGGGCUCCUUUGUCGGAGCGCCGCGCCGGGGGCGGGCGGGGCCCGCGGAGGCUGUGCAGCUCCCCCCGGCUGGCGCCGCGCCCCUGCCCUCCCCGGCCGCCGCGGGGCGGGGCCGCCGGCGCUCCGGCAGCGGCAGCGGCAGCAGCAGCGAGCAUGUCCUCGAGCAGGGCCAAGAAAGUGAAGAUGGCCACCAAGUCCUGCCCUGAGUGUGACCAGCAGGUUCCUGUUGCAUGUAAAUCAUGUCCCUGUGGCUACAUAUUUAUUAGUCGAAAACUCUUGCAUGCUAAACGUGCUGAGAGAUCACCACCCAUCACAGAAAACAAGAGUGAGGCCAAAAGGAGACGGACAGAGAGAGUUAAGCGAGAGAAGAUAAAUUCUGCAGUAAAUAAAGACUUAGAAAACCGAAAAAGAUCCAGGUCUAACAGCCAUUCAGAUCAUAGCAGACGAGGAAGAGGAAGACCUAAGAGUGCCUCAGCCAAAAAGCACGAAGAAGAAAGAGAGAAACAAGAAAAGGAAGUUGACAUGUAUGCUAACCUUUCAGAUGAAAAGGCCUUCGUAUUUUCAGUGGCCUUGGCGGAAAUAAACAGAAAAAUUAUCAAUCAAAGACUUAUUCUAUAGCUCGUAAGCACAAUCUGAUGCAUUUAUAUGCAGAAUGGCUAGCAUAUUUCCAAGGUGUCAUGGACUCUCGGAAAGUGUGUUGUCUGCACCGGCAAGGACCAUAGUAUUUCCUGUUAAAAUUCUGCUGCUGUUCUUGGAAAUCGAAUUUUGUCUCUACAAGUCAGAAAGAAAGUGUUCACAAGAUUGUGCUGUGAAAAAUCAGAAAGCAGAUAUGUUUUACGCCUUGAAGACAAAUGCUAGACAAAUGCACAGAGAGACUGCACCCAUUCCAGAGCACUUCUUUUAAAUUUGCUGCCAGAAAUGCAAUAUUUUAAAUAUUUUCAGAAAUAAACAAUUUUCCUUUAAAAUUA